UCUGGCCUCUCUCUGGAGCCGGCUCGUCGGGGGCUGGGGAGCGGGGUACGCGGGGCUCGGGGGCCGCGCCUUGCCACCUGCAGCGCCCGGGGCGGGCGGGACGCGCUCGGCCCUGUCGGGGGCUCACGCGGGGGGAUCCUUGCAGGUGGCAGUCGAGCGCAUUUCCUAGCGCCCGCACCAUGGUGGCCAAACAGCGGAUCCGGAUGGCUAACGAGAAGCACAGCAAAAACAUCACCCAGAGGGGGAACGUAGCCAAAACCCUGAGGCCACAAGAAGAGAAAUAUCCUGUGGGACCGUGGCUGUUGGCACUGUUUGUUUUUGUUGUCUGUGGCUCAGCUAUCUUCCAGAUCAUUCAGAGCAUAAGGAUGGGCAUGUGAGCCGGCCGGGGCUUUGACGCGGCCCCCUCCCGCUGGAGGGUGGAGGACCACUUCCGCUCUUAGCCGAGUAUCUGUGGGAAGCCGGCGAGCCACCCAGAAGAGGAAAGAAAGGCUCCCUCAGCUGUUCCCUGAUCACUUCGUCGUGGACGUCAGACCCAAUUGCUUUCUCACAGGGCAUCUCGGUACAUCCGUGUUCUCGAGUGGAAAGGACAUUUUGCUUUGCGUUUGGCAGGACUGGUAGCUCUCCGGGUGUCUGCCGCAGCGCUGUCUGUCUGGUUUGGGCCUGGGUUUCACUCAUGUCUGCAUGUGGGCCUCUGAAUGAUCACCGCUUUACUUUCUAUGGGUACAAUCUCUGCUCCAUUGGGAAUUGCUUUUACAAAUAAAUGUCUUUCUUCAACCU